GGUUGUGUGACAGUUUGUGCAAGCCAGGGUGAUUCUACGGGAGUUUAGACGACUAUAAAACCAAACUGUCUUGUGUCCGAGAUAUAAUAAUCAUCGUCUGUAUUAGCCGCAAGAAAAUUAUCAAAGACAAAGAAACGUUGAAAGUGAUGAAAUGCCACUGUAAAUGCCAAACGUGAAUAUUUGGAUUAAUAAGACCGAAGAAGAAUAUUUAAACAUUUUCAGAAUGAAAUGAACUGUAAAGAAAUUCAGUAGACGUUUUUAACAAACUUUCUGUGAUUGAAUCUUGACGCUAUGUUGACAAAGUGUUUGCAGAGGUCAAUAUUGAGAACGUUUUCACCGGCUCACACGUUAAAGCUAAAUAACAACAUGUCAGACGGAUCUUCAUCACAGACUGACAGCAAUUUAAAAGGAGAAGUGAUACGGUCUUUUCUCACAUUAGAAAAUCUAGACCCUAACAUUUUCAGAGCUUCAAAUGAAAACCUCUGGCACCCUCAAGGCAGCAGGUUUAUAUUUGGUGGUCAGGUUGUUGGUCAAGCCCUAGUUGCGGCAUGCAACACAGUCUCACACGACCACCACGCCCAUAGUCUGCACUGCUACUUUUUACGAGGAGGAAACUCAAACUGGCCGAUACUGUACCAUGUCGAUCGAACGCGAGAUGGUGAGACAUACUCUAGUCGAAGUGUGAAGGCUAGUCAAGAUGGGAAGGCAAUAUUCACGAUGCAGACAUCUUUCAAGAAAGACGAGCCCCAGGGCUAUCACUUCCAGAUGGAGAUGCCUCAAGUGGAAGGACCAGACAACCUAAUGAGCACAGACGAGCUUCUCAGGCUGAGACUUGAGUCCGGGAGUGAGAAAGACUGGGAGCAUGUGUUAGCGGAUGAAUUGAAGAUUGUAAUCCGGCCAAUAAAUCCAAUGGUCUUCUUUAAAGAAAGAUCUGGGACGCCAAAGCGAGUCAUGUGGAUGAAAACUGGCGGAAUGAUUAGUGAAGAUACAAAGUUGCACCAGUGUGUGGCUGCCUACAUGUCCGAUUUCUCCUUGCUGGGUACCGCACUUCAGCCUGGCGGUAUGAACUAUCGCAUAAACUUUAUGACCUCUCUCGAUCACACCAUCUGGUUCCAUAACCCGUUCCGUGUGGACGAAUGGAUGCUGUACGAGGCAUUCAGUCCACAUGCAGGCAAUGGGAAGGCAUUCUGUCACGGUCGUGUGUGGAAGCAGGAUGGAACGCUGGCAAUGUCGGUUGCCCAGGAAGGUGUCAUUAGACUGGAGCCAGUUGCCGCCAAGUUAUAGACUGGAUAUAAGCUGUCAUCAGACUAGAGCCAGUUGCAAAGUUAUAGACUGAUUCUCAGGAAGGUGUCAUCAGACUAGAGCCAGUUGCCAAGCUAUAGACUGGAUCACAGCUGUUAGUGCUUGGUUAGACAGAUCUAAUGUCCUUCUAUGCAUUGGUAUUAAGUUGUGUAUACAUGGAGGAUAUUAGGUUAGUGUCUGUUUGUGCUUGAAUUUAAUUAUCCAACGAUGAGUUGAAAUGCACUGCUUAGCUUGCCAAGCAAUGCAAGCCUUUUGGCGGAAUAAUUGAAGUCAACAAAGACACUAACCUUAUAUUCCAUUCUGCAAUGUAGAUUUAUUAUAUUUUUUAUGUCCCCCACCCACUAUAGUGGGGGACAUAUUGUUUUUGCCCUGUCUGUCUUUUGGUAUGUUGGUCUGUUUGCUCCAACUUUAACAUUUGCAUUAACUUUUUCAAUAUUCAAGAUAGCAUCUUGAUAUUUGGUAUGCAUGUGUAUCUCAUGGAGCUGCACAUUUUGAGUGGUGAAAGGUCAAGAUCAAGGUGAUCCUUCAAGGUCCGAGGUCAAAUUAUGUGGCCAAAAUCGCUCAUUUUAUGAAUACUUUUGCAAUAUUGAAGAUAGCAACUUGAUAUUUGGCAUACAUGUGUAUCUAAUGGAGCCUCACAUUUUGAGUGGUGAAAGGUCAAGGUAAUCCUUCAAGGUCAAAGGUAAAAAAAAAAUCAAAGCGGCGCAGAAGAGGACAUAGUGUUUCUGACAACCAAAUGCCUCUCAUUUUGAGUGGUGAAAGCUCAAGGUUAAGGUCAUCCUUCGAGGUCAAAGGUAAAAAAAUAAAUUCAAAGCGGCGCAAAAUGGGACAUAGUGUUUCUGACAAACACAUUUCUUGUUUGCUGAUACAAUCAAAAUUGUUUACCUAAAGUAUUACAAAUACUAGCCAAAGGCAGAUCUAAUUAAAUGAAUCGUACUUAGCGUGGUAAUAUGAAAUACAACUGUUUGCGAUCUUUCUCGGUUAAACUGCUUGAAAGAGUCCCCAAGAUUUCUAUACAAAAGCAGAGAACAACAAACAAUAUAACUAUAUGCAUUAUAUUAAAAUUAAAUCAGCAUUCCAAAUGUUACACACUUAAGGAGAAUACAGAAUGUAUUGUUAAAAAUUAAAUUAUUGUUGCAGCCAAGCAAAAUAAGAAAACCUAAAAUGGCUUCCAUACUUAGUUUUGCAGCAUUUAUCACUACAAUAUUGUUAAUUUUAUUAUAUAUAAAACUCUAAUAUUUACACAAUUUUUUGCUUACUGGCAUUUCACAAUUCAAACCUGUAUUGGCUCUCGCUCUCCUCACUCUUUUUAAUGGAUCAUAAUCACCACGUUUAUCUGAGUCAAGUUUUGUUAGCUUUCAUUCCAGCCAUAUAUUUCAAUACUUAUUCACAUUUAAUAAUAGUAAUCCAUCCGUAACACACAAAUGCUUUAUAUGUUAAUGCGACUACGUUGCUAAAUGCCCAGACACUCGCUUUAAUUGAAUAUAAUCAUACAAGCAAGUGAUUACGUCAGCAGUCACGCGCGUUCAGUUGGGCGAUAUUGUUUGCAUUUACUAAAAUAAUAUAAGAAACGCUGUAUUGACUCGAUAUCUUACGACAAUUAUUCCUCAACGGUACACUGAUUUAUAAUUUAUAUAUCCCAUCAAUGUAUAUAUUAAAAAGUUUAGAACAAAUGGACGAGGAUGUUGAUACAUUUUAACGUAAUAACUCGUCUUCAAGUCUAAAUUGCAUUCUACCUUUAACAGAAAAUAAAAGUCCAAACAAGUAGUUCGCAUGUAGUACAUGUAGAAGCAGGAUAAACAAAACAGAGCAGAAAAGACAGUGUAUAGACUUAUACAAAUGUACAUCGUUUAAAUACACACAAUUUAAUACAAAAUAUUGUCAUGAGUCUUUGUAUUACAACGUAGGGGCUAUCAGAAAAUAUCUUACAAUUUGAGGCAAAGUAUAUUUUAGAAAUGAGUAAGUCUUUAUAUUUCCGUAGUAAAAUAUCUAUAAUUUCACUGGCAGUAAACUACUCAAGUAUUCGUUGACACAAUUAUUUGUGAUACCUAAAGUACGGCUAGAGCUUCCUUCAUAUAUAUACACAAAUUUAUAAUUUCAAUUUUACAAGUUGAGUUCAAUAAAGUAUGGAACUGAAAAACUGAUGGAUUCACAUAGUAAACAGUUUGUAUAUAUUUAUGCCUUACUUGGCGGAAACAUGGACAUAUACAUAUAAAGUGGAAUACAUCCUAAGAUCACAGCAUUGACAGUAUCGUUCUGAUAAAGACAAGUAGGCAUGAACAACACACGUGUAUCCGACACUCAGAGUAACCUCUUCUAUGAAAUGAUUUAACUGUACGAUGAAAGUAAAUGACAGCUUUGUGGAUGUUUUGCGUUGGUUGUCAUAGUUCAAUAUUCUAAGGUUUGUUGUAAGGCACUCAAAAACGCAGUUGAAUAGUUACAUAUAACGGAUUUGAUACACAUCAUACAUAUGUCAGCUUUGCGAAAAAACAAACCGCAUGUUGAGAACAUAAACAUCUUGUUAUUAUUAUAUUCAAGCCCAAGAAAAUUGUAAUAUGUUAUGUAAUCAGAGUUUUCUUGCUGUCAUAAAUGCGUGCUUCAGAGGUAUCAACACAAUGAUUCAAUACUUUAUAGGUUUUAUUGAAGGGAGGUGCAGUGCUUAAGAACCGUUAGCCUUGCUGACAUAAUUGUCUUUUUUAAUAUUUCAUAUUUAAUAGUCAUUUGCAGUCCUUCGUACACGUACCAGAUUUUAUUCAUACCUUUCCCUCUUCCCUGUUAUAUUUUUCAUGGUUAAUUAAUAAAAGAGAUGAACAUUCACAAAAAAGAAGAAACUGCAAAGCAUCUCACGCGCAAAUAACAGGACUCAUAAAGUGUAUAUGAUCUGACAUGAUUUCAUACCAUAUUUUGUGACACGAGGAAACGAAUUUUGUUUGUCAGCGACCUUCUUAUCAUCAAUUGUACUGUCUAUAAUCAUUGAACACUAGGAACUUUAACACGUUAUUCUAAAGCAAUGUAACAUGAUAAAGAUUCGUGAAAGUCUGAAUGUUUCACCUCGAAAAGUGUAGGAGAACGUCUACGGACGAGUUUGUGUUUACGGACAGACGGAUUGACAGACGGACAGAAGGACAGGCGUUCAUAUGGAUUCCAGCAUACUUCCAAAUUGAGGAAAAUCAAGAUCGCCCUUAAAACAACAGAAUGAUGUAAAGCGUUAAAAUUGUUUGUGUAGUUAACCUGCAUAUAGACCUAGCCAGGGAUUACUCAGUUACUUAAAUGUAUGACUAAAACGUUUAAAGUCUGUUGUUAUGGCGUUGCCUUGUGUUUUGUUAUGUUUUUUGUUAAUGAUAUUUAUUCAUUUAUUAUCAUUUUAACUGAUAUUUUGUUUUUAUUGUUAUGGACAAAUAUUAUUUUGCAUGUAUUUCCCGGUACACUUUCUUUGUUUACCAUGUUGAUUGUGUGUAAAGUUAGUUUGUUAAAUUUAUGAGUAUGUCUGUGUGAACUUACGCUAGAUAAAAUACAAUUUAUAUGAAAUCGAA